AUAAAUUGUAUCCCUUCUAGCAAUGACCCGCUUCCAGAGAGGAAGAGGAAAAUAUUUGGCGCUUCACAUUCAAGAACUUUGAUAAACCUUACGUCACCCCAGUUCUUAAGUAUAGACGUGACUGCAGCUUGGAUCGCACGAUGAGAGGACACAUUUCAGUAAAAAAUGUUCCACCUCUUCCUCUCCCCGCUCUGCGCCUCAUGGUCCCACCACUGCGGCUGGUCUCAGCAGCCAUCUGGCAAACGGUCCAGCAGAGACACGUGAUGGAUUAUGGGAUGCUGGAGGAGUUUGUUACCAUGGUUACAGAGAUGGUUCCAGAGCUUCUGAAUGACAGUCAGAGGGCCCAACUUAUUCUGGGUCUUCGAGCACGGCUGGUCCUGGAGUUGUGUCUCUCGAAGCCGUUCACAGACCUCCAGACCAUUCAGCCACACCUGGACAGGAUACAGACCCUUACACCUCUCUGGAGGACACAAGCGACUGAUGCAGAGGUAGGAUUAUCUGAAUCCAACUUCCUGGGGCUGGUUCAAACCCUUCUGAAAGACCCAGAUGAGAGGGAACAUUUCUUCCAGGAUGUUUUUCCUGUAGAAUUUGGUCCCAGUUAUGAUGCAGCCAUACAGAAACUCAUGUGGCAAUUCCUUUCGAGACUGGAGAAGCUACUUCCUGUGUCAAACUUCCAACAGGCUGCCUUGCUGCUCAGCGACGCCCCCUCUCUUCUUGAGGAAUGUGUUGAGUCAGUGUCUCACCCUCAGCAGCUGAAAACCCUGCUUCAGUACCACAGAGACCUCGGCCAGCUGGACAACCACGAUACUCUGUCUUCUUCCGAUGGGGACUGCAUUCUCUCAGCUCUCUGUCUCCCUCCAGUAGAAAGGGUGGUGAUUGCAACCGAACAGACAGAUUCAGAAACGCACGUAUCAUCCUUGAACGUCUUUAUGGAUACAUUCACCAAAGAGUUGGAGGUGGACUCAGCAACACUGGCAAAGUACACAGAGAUGGAACCCGGGACAAGUAUGGAUGUAAUAGAAGAGGAGAGGGUGGAAUGUAAGAGAAAGGAAAAAGCAUCCUCAGUUAUUAAUGAUGAUGAGGAAGAAGAUCAUUCAGAGUUUGCUGAGACUGAACAGGUGGAACCAGUGUAUGAAACAGUGUUGGUUUUAGGGGAAGAUGGGAAGAUGGCGCCUUUAGUCAAAACCAAUAAACUCAAAGGGCUCAAAAGAGAAAGAAAUGACGCCAGUGGCAUACCUGAUGGGAAAAAACACCGAACACCUAGCCCUCCACAAAUGAAUAGCAUAGACCUGUCUGAUACGAUCAUAUCGUCCAUGCUUCACAAGCCCUCAGUGGAGCUACAAAGGAUUGACACCGCUAACCUGACAUUGCCCUUAAAACCAGUGAGAAGAAACAGGGGGCGUAAGAUGAAGACAUUGCUAGCACGAGAAUUGAAACAAACCAAAACUGAAUUUUCAGAACAGAAAAAACGUGUCUGCAAGAGAGUUAAAACACCCCAAAACCCCAAUAUGUGCACAGUGUGUGGACGUGUCUUAUCCCGCUUUUCAGACAUGAAAAAGCACAUGCAAACCCAUAAGAACGGUCGCACCUAUCAGUGUCGCAAUUGUCAGAAGACUUUCAAGCACUUGUACACUUUGCAAACUCACAGAAAGUCAUGUCUGUUUGGAACUGGGCAACAAGAGGAGGUUCCCUCUGGAGAGGGCAGUAGUGCUCCGUUUACUAUGUGUGAGGCAGAAUUCGCACAAUCCUCAAUAGACCGUAGAACGUGCAAGGUGUGCGGCAAGAUUGUGCAUCGCAUUGGAUACUUGAGUACUCACAUGAAGAUUCACUCUGCGAAUCGUCACUAUUCACUCGAAGAAGCGAAAGCAGUCCAGAAACCGUCAGCUGAGGGAGAAGACACAGAGCCGUCCAGUGGUGUUACUCUUGAGGCAAGACUUGAGGACAGUGACUCAUCCUCCACCAGUGCUCCCCAGGACCCAUCUUACGACCCAGAACUCAGCCAGAUCAAAAGACCAAAGUGCUCCAGCACAGCAAAGAAGUCAAACCGAAAAACCUUCCAAAAACCAAAACAUAUGUGCCGRAUUUGUGGUAAAUACGUGACUGCUGGAGCCUUUGAGUAUCACAUGAGAACUCACUCAGGCGAGCGCCCUUUCUCCUGCCCUCAUCCUCAGUGUGGGAUGAAGUUCAUACACAGCGGAGGUUUGAGGGUCCAUCUCAGACGCUAUUGCAAGGUUCGGACAGUUGACGCUGCUGAGCUCGACAGCUUCAACAUACGUUUUGAGUGUGACAAAUGUGAGAAGACAUUCACGAUCCAAUCAAAACUGAGGAAACACAAACUUAUCCACGGCCCGCUCUACUGCACAGGGUGCAGGAAGGUAUUGCCUGACUUAGAAACUUUAACCAGACACAAGCUUUGGCACAGGCCCGUUCAGUGCAGCAUGUGUGAGGAGAGCUUCAUGCUUACAAACCUCAGAACACACUAUCUGGAUGUCCAUAAGUUCAGCGGACCGUUCGUCUGCACCCACUGUCCGAAAAGCUACAAGAAGUUCCAUUCACUCAUCAAACACGAGAUGGUUCACACCGGGAACCUCCCCUUACAGUGCUCCCAGUGUCCAAAGAGAUUCAUCUACAAUUACGACCUAGUCGAACAUGAGAAAAGGCACUCUGACGACAGGCCUUGUCUCUGCUGGGAGUGUGGUAAGGCCUUCUGUACCAACAUUGACCUGAAACAACACAUGCAGAAUAGCCAUGGUGAAAAAUCCACAGAGUGUCGUUUCCCGUGUCGCCAUUGUGGGAAACCCUUCAGGCUUAGUAAUUCCCGUGCGAACCACGAGAAGACUAAGCAUGGCGGGGUGCGUUACCCGUGUACGUACUGUGGCAAGCAGUUUGUUUGUGCAAAUGCAUUGAAAAGGCAUGAUCUGAUUCACACGGGGGAGAGACCUUUUAAAUGCAAUCAUAAGAGUUGUGAUAAGGCUUUCAGGUCGAGAGCUGAACUGAGGAUACACACGAGAUACCAUACUGGAGAGCGGCCGUUCAAGUGCAACGUCUGUGGAAAGGGCUUUGUUCAAGCCAAUUAUCUCACUACGCACUACCGGACUCAUACAGGGGAAAAGCCGUAUUCAUGUUCCCUCUGUGACAAAAGCUUUAACUACCAUGACUCCCUGAAGAGACACAUGUCUACACACUCAAACGAGAAGCCUUAUAAAUGCUUGGACUGUGGAAAAGCUUUCGAACGUAAAACUCUGUUGAAUGUACAUAAACGAUCAUGUACAUCACUAUUGAAAUGUUAAUCCCUCCUGCCCCACAAUUGUGCUUUAAUGUAACAAGAUGUACAUUUGAUAAGAUUGUGGCCUGAGUGCAUCUCACACUUUAUUUUUGUAAUUUUUUGUUGUGGCCAGUCAAUAAAAUGUUUCCCCUUUUCWUAUAACUACAGUUAUGAGAGAAAAGUAUAAGUGAAACUAAAUAAAAGUAGAAUAAAAUAGUUGGUGUUAUGGUUUUGUGUAUGUAUAACACUGUUCUUUCAGGCCCUCUCCUUGUCUCAACCUGGUUAGUCAUUUCACAUCGGCUACUGUUGCCCGAAAGGCUGGCAGAUGGCGAUAUUGAGUUGUUUCAUCUUACCGUCCAAAAGGAAUCUAUGCAGCCGGCUCUACACCUAUCCCCACGGACUGGUUCGUACGUAAAACAUUCUCCAUWUAGGCUGCAAAGGUGUAGAUUUCCUUAACUCGAUUUAAUGGUGAAAAUAUGGAGACUUGAUGAAACACCAUUUUCCACCACCAUGCUAGAGUGGCUAAAUGCUAGUCCCAGAUGUUGUGUAUCACAUUCAGCCAAUCAGGUUGCAGCACUCGGUUUACACUAGGUCUGAACGCUGUACACAAUGUCAGGAAGUAGCAUUAGCAGGUGGGAAAUUGAGUUUCGUAAUGAGUGCAUAUUUUCUAUUUUUUCACCUUCUCGCCAUUAGAUCGGGUAAAUGAGGAAAUCCAUACCGUUGCAGCCUGAAUGGAGAAUGUUUUAUGUACAAACAAGUCCACGGGAUAUGAGUGUACCGGCUGCAUAAAUUCUCUGGAUGAUAAGGUGAAAAGACUCAAUCGCUAUCUGCCGGCCUUUGGAUUGUUUUCGUGACGAUGUUAGCUAAACCAUGUGUGUGCUUCCAUGGGGCAGAAGUCAGCAUGUUGUGAUUCUGGAUGGCUAGAUUGCUAGCAAGAAUGACAAACUGCCAUGUGGGGUAUCGGACUGAUUUCAUAUCAAUGCUUAGCUAGCUAAUUUUAGCCAUAUUAUCAACAACUGUAGUGAUAUGAGAGAAGUGCUUAUUGUGCAAAUGCUUUCAAUAAACAUUGGAGAUGAAAUGCA